AUGGGAAAGACUUUCACACGGCCUGGAAGGUGCGAACUCGUCCGAACGUUUCUUCAAAACCAACACUUUGAAAUCCACUCCGAAGCAACUGUUUGCAUUGUCAUAUUCAGUAAAAUGGCCUUCCUUGGACUCCGUAAAUGGCCCACGCCCUUCUUGAAGCCCAUGUGGCCGUUCAUGGCUGCUGGUACCAUCACUUUCUACCUCGUCGCUAAGCUCCAAGAUGCUGCUGUCCGAUCACCAGAGUUUGCUAAGGACCCCCGCAACCCCUACGCUGCUCAGAUAGCAAAGGAAGCACAUCAUUAG